CUCUAAUGCGAAAUCUCUCAGACCAAACGUAAUUUGUGGUGUUCCAAACAAACUAAAGCAAAACGUACGUUGUGAGUAGAAAUAAUGGUAAUCUGGCUUAAUUAGUCAAGUCAAUAAAGGGGGAAAAAAAUUCCAACACAAGUACUAUAUAUGCUAAAGUGCAGAGAGCAUGAGCUAGCAUCUAUAUAUGCCAUAAUAGACUUAAGGAAAGUGUGUCUGGUCAUUGUGUUGUACAUGCAUACAGAUAGUAUGAGGAGCGCACUGGUAUGGAUUUUUACCUUGAACGUUUGCCUUCAAAUUUUAUUUAUUCCUGGUGGUGACUCAAAGCCGCAUCCACGUUUCAGAGAGAAAAUCACUGAGGAGUACAAUCCCGGAUUUAUAAGCAUUGACUGUGGAGCAAGUAACGAUUACUUGGACGAGGAAACAAGUAUCUUUUAUAAGACAGACACAGAUUUCAUAGAAACGGGAGAAAACUUGUUGACGUCUUCUGUAUUUAUUAACACAAAUAUCCCUGGUUUAGGAAGACAGCUACACACAUUGAGAAGCUUCCCUGAGGGAAAUAGGAACUGUUAUACUCUGAAGCCCGAGUAUAAGCAAGGUGAACAGCAAAGUUAUCUGAUUCGGGCUAUGUUCGGAUAUGGAAACUACGAUGGAAAAAAUCAUGCCCCUACGUUCGAUCUCUAUCUCGGGGUCAACUACUGGAAAAAUGUUAACACGGCAGACAGAUCCUAUAUUUGGGCCGAGAUUAUUCAUGCUCCCACAACAGACACCAUACAAGUGUGUCUGGUUAAUAUUGACACUGGUACACCUUUCAUUUCGUCAUUAGAGUUACGACCUUUAAGCACUUCCAUUUACCAAAUCAUGUCACAAUCAUAUCUAUACCUCCAUGGGCGGUUUGAUGUCGGUGGCCCUGUUGAAACCUAUUAUAAAAGGUACAAGGACGAUAUCUAUGAUCGCAGGUGGUACUGGCGCGAUGUUAAAGAUUGGUAUAAGAUCAAUACAACCAUAGAUGUUAAUAAAUCUGGCAAUGAUAUUUAUAAAGUACCAGCUGAAGUCUUGAAAACCGCAGUGCAGUCCUUCAAUCGCUCAUAUGACUUGUACUAUGACUAUGAAAUUGAAUGGAAUGUUCUCUUGGACAAGUAUUCCAGAUAUUAUGUCUACUUUCACUUUGCUGAAAUUCAACAGCUUGCUCCAGGGCUCAGAAGGAUAAUCAACAUCACUCUCAAUGAUGAAAACAUACUCUCUGAGCCUAUAACUCUCGAAUAUAUGAAGCCUGUCACUAUUAGUAACAAAUAUGCAACUCAAGGUUCCGUUCGCUUUUUAAUUAGAGCAACUGCAGAAUCGGAUGCUCCCCCAAUUCUCAAUGCUUUUGAGGUUUAUCAAUUAAUAACAGAUCUAAAUUCAACAACAGAUAUUAAAGAUGUUGAUGCCAUGGAGAACAUCAAACGCUACUAUGGGAUAUCCAGAAUAGAUUGGCAAGGGGACCCAUGUCUUCCAGAAAAAUUCAGAUGGAGUGGCCUGGACUGCAGCUACGGCAUCAAUCCUAGAAUCAUAUCAUUGAACCUUAGCUCAAGCAAACUAGGAGGGCAGAUAGCCGCUUCAGUCUCAGAUCUUUCAGAACUACAGUCCCUGGAUGUCUCAGAUAACAGUUUAAAUGGUUUUGUGCCCGAGUCAUUAUCUCAACUUGAGUACCUGAGGAUUUUAAAUAUAGGAGGGAAUAAGCUAUCUGGGUCAAUUCCAGCAAAACUAAUUGAGAGAUCAAAGAAUGGGUCACUAAUAUUAAGUGUUGAUGGAAAUCAAAAUCUUAGCACCUCGACUCCAUGCCACAAGAGAAACAAGGUUGUAAUUCCGUUGGUAGUAACACUUGUGGGAGCCUUCAUCCUUUCGGCAGUAUCACUAUUUGUUUUUAGAAGAGUACAAGUUGUUGUGAGUAUGAAGAAGUUGAAGUUUUCCAACAAAAUGGAAUAUGUAGACUCGAAGAAACAAGAGUUCAGCUACUCAGAGGUUCAAAGUAUUACGAAUAAUUUUGAGAGGGUUGUGGGUAAAGGAGGAUUUGGAACUGUCUACUAUGGUUGCAUAGGUGAAACACAAGUAGCCGUGAAGAUGCUCUCUCAUUCAACUCAAGGUGUUCGGCAAUUUCAGACAGAGGCAAAUAUUCUCACAAGAGUACACCAUAGAUGCUUUACUCCACUUAUUGGAUAUUGCAAUGAAGGCACCAGAACAGCACUCAUCUAUGAAUACAUGACCAACGGAGACCUAGCUGAGAAGCUAUCAGGUCAAAGUCAAACAUUCUUAGGUUGGGAACAGAGAUUUCAAGUUGCUUUGGAUUCUGCAAUAGGCUUGGAGUACCUUCAUAAUGGUUGCAAGCCCCCAAUUAUUCACAGAGAUGUUAAGACUAGAAAUAUUUUACUCGACGAGAAUCUCCGCGCCAAAAUAUCUGAUUUUGGAUUGUCAAGAAUCUUUUCAGAUGAUGGUGACACCCAUGUAUCAACAGCAAUUGCAGGCACCCCAGGAUACCUUGACCCAGAAUACAACAUAACAAACAGGUUGAAUGAAAAAAGUGACGUGUAUAGUUUUGGGAUUGUUCUUCUAGAGAUAAUCACGGGGAGGACAGUCAUACUGAAAACCCAGGUGAGAACUCACAUAAUCAAAUGGGUAAGUUCCAUGCUGGCUGAUGAUGGUGAAAUUGAUGGUGUUGUGGAUACAAGGUUACAAGGAGAAUAUGACAGUGAGGCUGCAAGGAAAGUAAUAGAUGUUGCAAUGGCCUGUGUUGCUCCGAGUUCUGUUAAUAGGCCAACAAUGAAUCAAGUGGUCAUGGAACUAAAACAAUGUUUCCCCGUGGGGAAACUUGGGACUACGUCCACUGGAUCCAGUGAAAUUGUCUCUGCGGGUGAAUAGUGGACUUAGUUCUCUAGCCAGGUAAAAACAGGAUUAAAAAUUUUAAAGAAAUGUAUGCAUUUCUAUUCCUUGUUGCAUUUAAGAUACUUUUACAAGGACAAGGGAAAUGGUGAACAUAUGCUAUCGGUUUUUGUUGUAUUGUAGAAUUGGCUUGUGUGUUUAUGGGUCUUUAAUUUAUUACUUUUACAUAUGUUUGAGAAGGGAGUUUUCAUUGUAAUCCCAACUAAUUAUUCAUAGAGGAGGAUGCUAGUAGACUUAUCUGCAUAUCCAAGUUUGGAAUGUUUGACGGUCAGUAAUAACAGCUUUAACUAUAUUCUUGAGAGACAUAUCUAGCUUAGAAUUUGUAUGUAAUUGAUCAUCUUGGUUGGAAUUUCUGGAAAUUUUGUGGUCCUACUCCAAUUGCAUUUGCUUGUUUUUGUGUC